UUGGGCGAGAAGGCAUUCGAGAUUGUUCUUUUGGCGUCGCGAGGCGUUGGUAUGCUCAUUUGGAUGCCGACAAGAGUUUUACUCGUUAAAAGAGGAAAAGGAGGUCUCAACCUGCUCUUCCUCCCUUCCCCGAGAGAAGUCAUGAGAGGUUUUCACUUGUGGGAUUUACUCUUCCUCGUCCUCCUGGGAGCCUGUGGGACAUCGGCCCAUAGUUUGAGCUGCCAGAAGAGUAUGACCAUGCAAGUGGGAGCGGGCUUGUCCAAGACAUUUAAUUGGACUGCAAAGGAGAUUGAGACUUGUGACAGUGGAGCACUUUGCCAUGAAAGCAUGAUAGUGAUUAAAGCAGGGACCAAGACGGCCCUUGUGGGCAGCAAAGGCUGUACCCAUGGCUCAAUGGAGUCCAUAACGUUCAUACAGCACUCCGCACCCCCUGAUCUGGUGGCGAUAUCCUACAGUAACUACUGUGAGGAUAUGUUAUGCAACAACAGAGAGGAGAUACGUCAUUUUGGGGAUCUUUCAACUUACGCAGAUUCCAUUGUGCAAUCCAGUAACCGCUGCCCAACCUGUCUAGCUUUGGGGACCUGUUCCAGUGCUCCUUCUCUGCCUUGUGUCAAUGGUUCAACUCGAUGCUAUGAAGGAAAACUUGAGGUCAUUGGAGGAGACACCAAUGCCACCGUGGAGAUCAGAGGCUGUACAGCUAUGACAAGGUGUAGGCUGAUGUCAAGAUUCCAAGCAAUAGGACCCAUGUUGAUAAAUGAGACAUGCUCCAUCCACCCUUUUAUUAAGCCCCGAUUUGCUGAAAACGGAAGCUCCGUGGCUUCCCAUUUCAGUUUUGGGGUCAGAGCUACUGCUGCCAUUGCUGCUGCCAUCACGUGUCCUUUUGUCCUGAGAAAGUACCUCUGGUCCUGGGUCUCACAGCGCCUGUGUUGACCAAGAGCCUUUUGAGUGAUUUGUCACUGGCUCGCUGAGCAGUGGAGAUUGGAGGGAAAACGGAGAGAGAUGCUAUAGGUAUAGUAAAUGUAUUUGACACUUUAA